GACCUUCCAGGUUCCAAUCCGAGAGUCGGCAAACGUGGAGGCCUCCCAUUGGAUGGCGCCGGAUGUGCUUCUCUGUUCUCUCCCAGUCCCAGAUUCAUCGGCCUGCAGCAGAGCAACGCCCCUCCCUUCCAUCUCCGAGCUGCCAUGCCGCGCCAUGGACAGCGAAACUCCACUGCGUAAUCCACUACCGGGACCUUCUGAAGUGAUCUCCUUGGCCUGAAACUUGGAGGCGAGCGAGGUGCCAUGGUUCUCGUGGUGCUGGGCUGCUCUCCUGCAUCGCCGCGCCCCGCCUGCACUCCCAAUUCCAGGAGAAGAUGCAGCGCCACCAGACAGAAAAUCAUCAGAUGCUCUCUGAAUGAGGAAACACUACUGAGCAAACAUGGAGUAGUAUCCAGGCAGUUAAUCUCAUGCCUUGCUGCUUCGCUUGUGUUCGUCUCUCCACCUAGUCAGGCUAUUCCUGCAGAAACUUUUGCCCAUCCAGGCUUGUGCCAGAUUGCAACAGUGGCAGCCAUCGACAAUGCUUCAGUUCCUCUGAAAUUUGACAACCCUUCAGAUGAUGGCAGCGCAGGGAUGAUGAUGAGGGGUAUGACUGCAAAGAACUUUGAUCCAGUUCGCUACUCUGGUAGAUGGUUUGAGGUAGCCUCGCUGAAACGUGGAUUUGCUGGUCAGGGACAAGAAGACUGUCAUUGUACUCAGGGAGUGUACUCGUUCGAUGAGAAGUCACGCUCAAUCCAGGUGGAUACAUUCUGUGUCCAUGGUGGACCUGAUGGAUACAUCACUGGUAUUCGGGGGAGGGUGCAAUGCCUGUCCGAAGAGGACAUGUCAAGUGCUGAGACAGAUCUUGAGAGGCAGGAGAUGAUCCGUGAGAAAUGCUUUCUCCGGUUCCCCACGCUGCCAUUCAUACCCAAGGAGCCCUAUGAUGUCCUUGCAACUGACUAUGACAAUUAUGCAGUUGUGUCUGGAGCUAAGGAUACAAGCUUUAUUCAGAUAUACUCAAGAACACCCAACCCCGGGCCAGAAUUCAUUGAGAAGUACAAGUCCUAUGUUGCCAACUUCGGCUAUGACCCAAGCAAGAUCAAGGACACCCCUCAAGACUGCGAGUACAUGUCCUCAGACCAGAUUGCCUUGAUGAUGUCGAUGCCCGGGAUGAACGAAGCCCUGACGAAUCAGUUCCCAGAUCUCAAGUUAAAGGCACCAGUUGCACUUAACCCAUUCACAAGUGUGUUUGAUACCCUGAAGAAGCUGCUUGAACUGUACUUCAAGUAAAACAAGUGUAACAUUGUUCAGUAACCAAUUGUCCACUUCUCCACUUGGAGCUGCAAUGGAAUGAAGUUCAGUUUGUUCUGACCGUUUGCUAA